AUGAAAAUACCAAAUCUAAGCACCAUAGGCAUAGAUGAAAAAGAAGAAUAUCAGGUCAAUGGCAUUGGCAAGAUCUUCAACAGCUUAGUUUGUUAUACAAUCCACAGACUCACCAUUCCUGCCUUGCCCUUGGCCUCCAUAUGUCUGCCACAACUCUGCCUACUACCUGGGUUGGCACUGCAGCACUCCUUGAAGGAAUGGAUCAUCUCAGGAAAUAACCGCAUCUUCCUGUUGCAGAGCCUCCAGGGCCAGGUAACCACUGUGGACCUGAGAUACAAGAGUGUGGCCUGUGGGUGCACUGACAAUGUCGGUGUUUUAAUAAAUAUCUGCCUGGACUGUGUCAUCUAUAUAGACCUCUGGAGACAUCAGGUCGAACUGGAUGAUCUCUUUGUGACAGGCUGUAAUAUCCAAUACGACCCUAUCCCACACAGAUGUGAACAUCACUGCCACCAUGGAGCACAGAUACAGAUUAUCUGUCAAGUCUGAAACUUUGGUGACAAGGGCUGAGGUAGGCAUGAGUUUCUUCCAAAAGACAUAAAUUAA